AACUGAUAUAAUGAUUGAAAAACAUGCUUGCAAAUGGGGCAACUGUUCUGAAAAGUUCAAUUCUGUGUCUUCACUUUGGGAACACGUAGAACGUCACGUUGAUAAUGCAGAGCCAACAGUGAUACACUUAGUGAACGAUGACGACACGCCUCAAGCAAAGAAUCCGGCAUCUUCAACUCCGAGCACAUUGGUCGAAAAGACUCGAGGAUCUUUCCAAACAUCUCUUCAAAACGCAUCUUUUCAAAACGCGUCUUUUCAAAAUUCAAGUGUCCCGACAAACAUAGACAAUCAUUCCACACAAAUUACUAGCAUCCAACAAA